AUGCAAAGCCUUGAAUUUAGCCAUUUCAGAACAUCGCUGUUGUUGCUGUUCGUGAUGAUGCUGAUUGCGCUUGAGACAUUAACAGCUUCUGAAAGAGAUGAUUAUGUGGUUCCUCCAAUUCCUGUACAGCAAGCUCCAUAUGCGGAGUGGGCUCAUCAUCAUUGGGUGUGGAUUGACCACAAUAGAGAAAAUCAACAAGUUCUCCUUAAUUUAGUCAAUCGAUAUUUAUCAUUGGAUAUUCCAGUUGGUGCUGUGGACGUGGAUUCCGAAUGGAGUACUGGAAUUAAUAAUUUUGUGGUCGAUAAAACCAAGUUUCCAAACUUUUAUCAAUUCGUGAAACAAUUGCACUCGAUGAAUGUCAAAGUCAUUUGCUGGACUACUUCUGUCGUCGACACCGACUCACCCAACUAUAACGAAGGAAAACAAAAAGGAUACUAUUUGAAUGAUGGAGAAACUGUGAAAUGGUGGCAUGGAAGAGGAAGUUUUAUUGAUUAUUCAAAUCCAGAUGCUGUCAAUUGGUGGCACAAGCAAUUGGAUAAUGUGUUAAUUUUGAAUCAAACGGAUAAGGAGGGUAUUGAUGGAUGGAAAUGUGAUGGAACAGACCCUUAUGUUUAUGAGUUUAUUUACAUUUAUGGUAAAAAAGGACACAUCUCAGAACGUGAAUAUGCUGACAUGUAUUAUCGAGACUUUUUCUAUUACACAAAACAAGUCAGAGGAGAUGGUCUCAUCAUGGCUAGACCAGUCGAUUCGUAUUUUGGAAAGGUAUUUCUAGACUUUGCUCCAAGAGAUGUUGUUUUUAGUGGAUGGGUAGGAGACCAAGAUCCAACAUUCCAAGGUAUGCAAGAUGCUUUGUUAAACAUGUUCCACUCGGCAUGGAAUAAGUAUGUUGGAUUUGGAAGCGAUAUUGGAGGAUAUAGAGGUGGACAGAAACGUGAAUUGGCUGUGUUUAUUCGAUGGUUCCAAAUGGGUGCCUUCAACAGUUUGAUGGAAAAUGGUGGAGAUGGUCCUCAUGAACCUUGGAACUAUGAUGAUGCCACAACAAAUGUGACAAGUAUUUACAGAAAAUAUGUUCAUAUUCACUAUGAGCUUAAUCCAUUCUUUUACUCUACUGGUAUUGCUGCUUAUAACAAUCAUCAAAGUAUCAUGAACCCACUGGCAUCGUGGACACUAUUCACACCUGACACCUGGUCAUAUAUAUUAGGAAAGGACAUUCUUGUCACACCAAUGCUGAGUGCAUCUCCAAAUGUUGUGGUUACAUUCCCAACUGGUAAAUGGAUUGAUUAUUUCAAUCAUGAUGUAGUAUUUGAUGCAAGCGGACCUGCUGUUUUUAAUUACUCGACAUUUGAGCAAUUUCCAGUUUUCUACAGAGCAGGAAGCAUCAUUCCUCUUAAUAUUACCACUGAUUAUGUCAAUACUUUUGGAAAUUCUAAAACUCAUGGUGGUUAUCUUACUCUUGCUAUUCACUAUCCUUCCGAAAAUAGCGAAAAUGAGCAAACUAUUUACUCACACGGAAUUCAUGUAAAGUAUCAAAGAGAUGCUUCUUCGAGUGUCAUGAAAAUUUCAAUUUCAGCCCCAAACAAUUUUAGAAGCGAUUACAAGAAUUUGAAAAUCAUGUUAGACAUCCGAGGAUUGCGAUCAAGCAGCAAGAAUGGAUUCAAGAUUUCACAAUAUUCAUUCUACGAACAAAAAUAUGUGGAUAUACCACAAUAUAGUUCUGUGAAGGAAUUUUCAAAGGCAGGCAAAUAUGAUGUGUUUGGAGGUUUUCUACAAAGUCCUGUGACCACUUUUGACACUAUUGACAAAGUACAAAACAAUCAAAAACUCACUCUUAAACAUGAACCUCUCUUAAUCAAGCUUCAUGAGCUUGUGAGAGGAGUUGAAUUGGUUAUUCAAUAA